AGCAAGCAGCGAGAGAAAAAGGAGCGAGGUAGAACUAGGACUACAACUCCCACUAGACCCCGCGUUGUCCGCCCUUUCCUUUCAAAACGCAGAGGAAAAGGGACAGGACGAAUGGAGGCUUUUGAGUGCUCGUUUCUCAAAAGGCGGGAAAGGCGAACUACACCUCCCGGCGAGCCGCGCGCGCUUGCGCCUGCGCUCUGGUAUCUGUCGCCAUCUUGCCCCUUCUGAGGCACCGCAAACAAACCUAAUUCCUGGUGUCCCCUAGUCUUGGCGGAGGAGCCUUUUAGAUGAGCCCCGAAAGGCCGGGCAGGGAGGACAAGCUCUUUGGGGCUACCAAACAGAAGCAGCAAUGCCUGUUGUGUGGCCAACCCUUCUGGAUCUCAGCAGGGAUGAAUGCAAACGGAUUCUUCGAAAAUUGGAAUUGGAGGCAUAUGCUGGAGUUAUCAGUGCACUUCGGGCACAAGGGGAUCUCACCAAGGAAAAGAAAGAUCUUCUUGGAGAACUCUCAAAAGUCCUUAGCAUCUCAACAGAGCGCCACCGUGCUGAAGUUCGGAGAGCAGUAAACGAUGAACGGUUAACAACAAUUGCACAUAAAAUGAAUUUAUCCUUAUAUUUGGGUGAAAGACCAAGUUACAGUAUGUCUGGACCUAAUAGUUCUUCAGAGUGGUCCAUCGAAGGACGUAGAUUGGUACCACUGAUGCCCAGGCUGGUUCCCCAGACGGCCUUCACUGUAACAGCUAAUGCUGUGGCCAAUGCAGCUGUCCAGCACAAUGCAUCCCUUCCCGUGCCUGCAGAGACAGCAAGCAAAGAAGUAGUGGUUUGCUAUUCCUACACAAGUACCACGUCUACCCCAACCUCUACCCCUGUUCCAAGUGGCAGCAUAGCAACGGUUAAGUCUCCAAGACCUGCCAGUCCUGCCUCCAGUGUAGUUGUCUUGCCAAGUGGAAGUACUGUGUAUGUCAAAAGUGUUAGCUGCUCAGAUGAAGAUGAAAAACCCAGAAAGCGCAGGCGAACAAACUCUUCUAGCUCCUCCCCUGUUGUCCUGAAGGAAGUUCCAAAGGCUGUUGUUCCAGUCUCAAAGACGAUCACUGUGCCCGUGAGUGGAAGUCCCAAGAUGAGCAACAUUAUGCAGAGCAUUGCCAACUCCUUACCACCCCACAUGUCACCUGUGAAAAUCACUUUCACCAAACCAUCGACACAGACAACAAACACGACAACACAGAAGGUUAUUAUAGUGACCACAUCACCAAGUUCAACCUUUGUGCCCAACAUUCUCUCCAAAUCCCAUAACUAUGCAGCAGUCACUAAGCUUGUACCAACAUCAGUCAUUGCCUCCACAACUCAGAAGCCACCUGUAGUUAUAACUGCAUCCCAGGCCUCUCUGGUCACCAGUAGCAGCAAUGGCAACAGCAGUUCUACAUCAUCACCAAUUUCUAGUACAGUUGCAGUAACAGCGGUGGUAUCUUCCACACCGUCUGUGGUCAUGUCUACAGUAGCACAAGGUGUAUCCACAUCAGCAAUCAAAGUGGCAUCCACAAGACUUCCUUCUCCUAAAAGCUUAGUGAGUGGCCCUACCCAGAUUCUUGCACAGUUUCCCAAACAGCAUCAGCAGUCUCCUAAGCAGCAGUUACAGCAAGUGCAACAGCAGACUCAGCAGCCAGGGGCCCAGCCUUCUUCAGUGUCGCAGCAGCAGCCUCCGCAGCCUCAGCAGCCUCAGCAGCCUCAGCAGUCACCAUUGCCACCUGGCAUCAAACCUACCAUCCAGAUCAAACAGGAGUCAGGUGUUAAAAUCAUCACACAGCAGGUUCAACCAAGUAAAAUCUUACCCAAACCAGUGACUGCAACUCUACCCACCAGUAGCAAUUCCCCAAUUAUGGUGGUUAGCAGUAAUGGUGCAAUUAUGACAACUAAACUGGUAACCACUCCUACCGGUACUCAGGCAACCUAUACUCGGCCAACGGUGAGCCCAUCCUUAGGUCGUGUAGCUACAACCCCUGGAGCUGCAACCUAUGUGAAAACUACCAGUGGUAGCAUCAUAACUGUAGUACCCAAAUCAUUAGCUACCUUGGGAGGCAAGAUAAUUAGCAGUAAUAUUGUUUCUGGAACGACUACCAAAAUCACUACAAUCCCAAUGACUUCCAAGCCCAACGUGAUUGUUGUACAAAAGACUACAGGAAAAGGAACGACCAUUCAAGGCCUCCCUGGCAAAAACGUUGUCACAACAUUGCUAAAUGCUGGAGGAGAAAAGACUCUUCAGACAGUGCCAACCGGAGCAAAGCCAGCUAUAAUUACUGCUACAAGACCCAUCACCAAAAUGAUUGUAACACAGCCCAAAGGAAUAGGUUCCACAGUCCAGCCAGCAGCUAAAAUCAUUCCAACAAAAAUUGUAUAUGGACAACAAGGGAAAACACAGGUUCUCAUUAAACCCAAACCAGUAACAUUUCAAGCUACAGUUGUUAGUGAACAAACAAGGCAGCUGGUAACAGAAACAUUACAGCAAGCAUCCAGAGUAGCAGAGGCCGGUAAUUCAUCUGCUCAGGAAGGAAAAGAAGAACCACAGGGUUAUACAGACAGUAGUUCCUCUUCCACAGAGUCCUCCCAGAGUUCUCAAGAUUCCCAGCCUGUAGUUCAUGUAAUUGCUUCCCGGCGUCAGGAUUGGUCAGAACAUGAGAUUGCAAUGGAGACUAGCCCCACCAUAAUAUAUCAGGAUGUAUCCAGUGAAUCACAAUCAGCUACUUCAACAAUCAAAGCUCUAUUAGAACUCCAACAGACAACAGUAAAGGAAAAAUUGGAAUCUAAACCAAGACAACCCACUAUUGACUUGAGUCAAAUGGCAGUACCUAUUCAGAUGACCCAAGAAAAGAGACAUUCUCCUGAGAGUCCAUCCAUUGCUGUGGUAGAGUCAGAACUAGUUGCUGAAUACAUCACCACGGAACGCACUGAUGAGGGGACAGAGGUUGCUUUUCCCCUUCUAGUCAGCCAUCGUUCCCAGCCCCAACAGCCUUCCCAGCCCCAGCGGACCCUGCUCCAACAUGUGGCUCAGUCACAGACUGCGACACAGACUUCGGUGGUAGUAAAGUCCAUCCCAGCAUCUUCCCCUGGAGCAAUCACCCACAUCAUGCAGCAGGCAUUAAGCAGUCACACUGCUUUUACCAAACACAGUGAGGAACUUGGAACUGAGGAGGGUGAGGUUGAAGAGAUGGACACAUUGGAUCCUCAGACAGGUCUGUUUUACCGCUCUGCCCUGACACAAUCGCAGUCAACUAAACAGCAGAAACUUAGCCAGCCCCAGCUGGAACAGACUCAGCUGCAAGUGAAAACUCUGCAGUGCUUCCAGACCAAACAGAAGCAGACCAUCCAUCUGCAGACAGACCAACUCCAGCACAAGCUCACACAGAUGCCCCAGCUCUCCAUCAGGCAUCAGAAACUGACUCCUCUCCAACAGGAACAAGCACAGCCCAAGUCAGAUACACAGCACACACAGCAUACCGUGGUGGCCAAAGACAGGCAGCUUCCUACCUUAAUGGCACAGCCCCCACAAACUGUAGUACAGGUGCUUGCCGUGAAAACCACACAGCAGCUUCCUAAACUGCAGCAAGCUCCGAACCAACCAAAAAUCUACGUGCAACCCCAAACUCCCCAGAGCCAAAUGGCGCUCCCCACCUCAUCAGAGAAACAGCCUGCAAGCCAGGUGGAGCAGCCAAUUAUAACCCAAGGAUCCUCUGUUACAAAGAUAACAUUUGAGGGGCGCCAGCCUCCCACAGUUACAAAGAUAACUGGUGGCAGGUCUGUUCCUAAGCUGACAUCACCAGUUACAAGCAUAUCUCCCAUUCAGGCCUCUGAGAAGACAGCAGUGUCAGACAUUUUGCAAAUGUCUUUGAUGGAAGCUCAGAUUGAUACAAAUGUAGAACAUAUGGUAGUGGAUCCCCCAAAGAAGGCUCUAGCCGCCAAUGUGCUCACUGGUGAGGCAGGAGCUCUACCCUCCACCCAUGUGGUGCUGGCAGGGAUGACGAAAUGUAGAGAGUCCUGUUCAAGUCCAUCUGCUGUUGGCCCUCCCGUAACGACCAGAAAAAUGGAAGCAGCAGGAGUGCCUACGGCAGGCCAGUUCAUGCGUAUUCAGAAUGUAGGCCAAAAGAAAGCUGAAGAGAGCCCAACAGAAAUUAUCAUCCAGGCCAUUCCCCAAUAUGCUAUUCCUUGUCACUCCAGCUCCAAUGUGGUGGUGGAGCCCAGUGGGCUUCUUGAGUUGAACAACUUCACCAGUCAGCAGCUAGAUGACGACGAGACAGCCAUGGAGCAGGAUGUAGACAGCAGCACGGAGGAUGGGACUGAGCCCAGCCCCUCUCAGAGCGCUGUAGAGCGGUCCUAGUGUGCAGACCCCGCCCGGAGUGCACUUUAGAGCCUGCUUGGUUACCAAGUGUGCAGGGAAACUUACAAUUUGUUAUAGUAAAAAAAAAAAAAAAAAAAAAAAAAAAAGCACUUUGCUCAUACUUAGGCUGGGGACCUAGAAACACAGUGUUUCGAUGAGAUGUUGCUGCAGGAGCAGCAUUUUAACAAGAUUAAACUCACAGAGGAAUGUACUUUAAAAAAAAUAGAGAGGGAAAAAAAAAAAAAAAAAAAAGCAAAGGAAACCACGCACCCCGUGGAGCCUGGCACCUUGUUGGUGCUGGGCAGUGGGAAGAGACUUUCCUAUGAGUGGUGCUUGGCUGCUUUCCACUGAGCAGAUGCCAUUGAAAAAGGAAAAGAAAGGAGAAUAUGAAGAGUUUGUAUUUUUGAAAUGAUGUACCUGAACAGUUUUUUAAAAAUCGUGUUUGUUUUUGCAAAUCCCUGGAAAUGUUGAUUUGGCUAACAUUUUACAUUUGCUCAGUUCAUGCUUAGUUUAUGAAUACCUAGGAAAGUUCUGGCAUUAAAGAGUCCUUGCUGGAGGGUAAAUAUCAGCUUGCUGACCGGAAGUGUUUGGGGUGGCUUGCACAUGUGCUCCUUGGUUGUACACUAAUUUAUUGUGGUGUUCCACACUUGCCUAUUUAUUUAAUGUAAAUGUUUUCAAGCAGGCCAAAUCCCUUCUCCUACAUGUCCUGGGAAGCUGGGUAGCCUUCCCUCCCCCGCCCCUUAAGAAGACGGAUGAGAGAAGAUUGGUCAGGAAGCAGGAAAAGACAUUUCUAAGCCCAAAGGAAAUGUUCAGUCCUGUUAAUGAAAAUGAACUCUUCGCUUAUUUGAUGCUUUCUCAAUACGAAUACCGAAGUUGCACAUCCACGUUGGACUGAGACUUUGAAAACGACUUUUACUUACUUUGGUUUAAAUCCUUUGAAAUGUAUGAAAAUGUUCACUUACAGUUCUAAAUGUAAUGUUUUUAAGUUUUUACUUUUUUAGGGUGCAGUUUGUCUACUUACUGGUUUGGUCUUUUGAUUGCUGUCUAUCACAAAUAGAGUGAAGGGUAAGGGAUGGGAGGGUAAGAAUUUUGACAAGCUGUGGCAAAGGAAACUAUAAUUUUCAUUUUUAAAAAGUGUAAAUAGAAAAGUUUUUAACGGUUUUAUAUGAAUUUCACUAUAAAUAAGCAUUUUAAGACUGA